AUGUCUGUACCUUCGGCCACUGCUGGAGAUAGUCAUAGAACUAGUCUACCAUCAUCGUCAUCUAUUUCGCCAAACAUAACUCGUUCAAAAAUGCCACGAACUGAUUCAUCUCGAACUGAAAUUAAACCAUCAACUGGUCUCACUUACAAUCACGAACGAUUGGAGGCAACUGGUGUUAAACCACUCGAAGCGCCUGGUGAGAAUUCAAACUAUCAUCAUUGGCAAUUCGUGAUGGGUACCAUCAUUCGAGGAUCCGCAUAUGGAUACGUUUUACGAGAUGUUCAGCCAGAUCCUCUUCCGUCUACUGAAGAACACGAUAGAUGCAAAAUGUAUUAUUCAUCCUUUUCAUCACAUCCGGCAUUAUUUAAUAAUCAACUAUCCAAACAAAUCACCAGUUCUUCAACUAACUCAGCAUCAAUUCUACCAGGAAGUGGUCAACAACAACAACAACAACAACAAGCACCAUUACCACCAACACCUAUCAUCGAUCAAUCUAUUCGAUCGAGUACUUCCUCACCUUAUCACUUUAAUCAUUCUACCACUACCAUGGAUCAUCCAAUCUAUGGAAGAGACUCACCUGGAAAUCUGAACAAUAACAUUCCAUUUCAACCUACUCAUCAUCAUCAAUUUCAAAAUAUUUAUCAUCAAUCAAGACAAAAUCAUAAUCGACAUCCUCCUUCAAUAGGUCCAAACUCAUUUCAAAUCGGUAGUCCUUCUCCAAGUACGAUUAGUGAAGAUAAAUUGAUCGAUGCUCUCAUUAACAAGAUCAUGGCUAAACUCUCAAAUCAAGCUGAUCCUCACCUAUCACCAUUAGAGACAGAUGAACUUAUUCUUCAAUCUUGUAGUUCUUUAUUCGAAAUGUGUCGUCAACGUUUACCUUUUGUGAUUCAAAAAUUACUUCAAGAACUCGAUUCUCCUUCUCAUCCAUUCACAUCAGAUGAACAAACUGGUUUGGUCGAUCAUUUACGUACCCAACUCUUUGUGAUCAAGAUUUUGAGUUAUUGUAUGUCAUAUCAUUGGGCUUGGCAUCGUGAACAAACUCAACGCCAAAGAUCUCGCUCGAGAUCACCUUCACCACCACCACCCUCCUCGUAUUCCAAAUCCACGAAUCUCUUUGCUACAACCGAUUGCUUCUUCCUCAAAGAACAUCAACGAUUUGAAGACGCUGGCUCAGCAUUAGGCCCGAUCGGAAGUUCAAACAUUCACCUCACCGAACUGACUCGCAAACAGAGUAUCCAUUCAACUAAUCAUACUGCAUCGCCCAAUGGUCCACCUAAUCACAAUUUUCACCAGCCCUCGCGAGAUCUUGAGGAGAAACCGAUCGUACCAUCCUUGAUGAGUGAGAUCCUAGCACAAGUUGCCAAGAUAUGCUUUUUCGUCUCUGCAUCAAACUGGACAAUCGUCUUGGAACUCUCUGCUCAAUUUGUUCAUCUCCAACGUCCUGCUCAAUCUGACAUUGCAUUAGCAUUAAGGCGUUCAAUAUGGAAUUGGAUUGAAACUUAUCCCCACGAAUAUGUCGCCCUCGUUCGCUCCAAUGGUCGAUUGGAAGGUGCUCCGGAUGUCCUUUAUGAUGUGGCUCAUAGUCUUUCUGAAAAUGGCAAGAAGAGGGCUUAUACGUGGCCCAUGAUGUCUAUGCUUCUGGCAGUCUGUCCCGAUAUCGUACUUAAGAUCGCUGCAGGAGACCGUAACCGAUCACAAGUGACUGCCAGGAAAGCAGCCUUUAUCGAAAGCUUGAGAAAGAAUCUCAAGGUUACCAAAUUAGCUGAUGUUGCAACUGCUUGCUGCGUUGAUCUUUGUAAAGCUGCGACAUUCUCUCCGAAGACAACGGCUGAAGGCCCUGGGCUUAGGUUACUUGCUCUAGAUUUAGUAUCAGAUUUAAAUUCAAGACUAUUAGAUCCCAGCAAACCGUUCACUAAUGCAGACGGAAUCGUCGAAGUAUCUCUGAUGUCAGAAGCCUUGGCAGCCCUGUUCAAGCUCGACCGACAUUACGUGAGCUCAACCUUAUUAGACAAGUGUUUAUCUCGGACUAGUUUCCCACCCUUCCAGAUCGCUUUCAUCCAAGCAUGUCAAAAACUAGCCGCCAAACCUGCUCACGAGACCAACUCGUCUAACGAUCCUGAACCUGAAGAUGACCAAGAUUGUAUGAGUAACUGGAACGUCAAGUUGCAAGAAUUAUAUCCUUUGAUAGCCCCUUUGUUGAGGGGAGUAUUCAUGACAUCAAUCUUAGAAUGCGAGCAGUAUAGUCAUCUCACCACCGAUCGUUCAACCUCGAAAACUGUCGGAGGAGCCGGCUUGGACGAAAAUCCUCACCGAAAUGAUAUUCUGAGAGCUAUCUUGAAGCUUUGGGCACAAGAUUGUCGAUUAGCAUUCUACUCGAACGCAAAAAAUGACCAUUCAACCCCUGGACGAUCUUCACUUGAGUUACAAUCUUGGCUAACAAGUGGAAGCACCACAAAUCCCAACGAUCUAGAGAUGUUUAUAUAUCUAACCACAUUCUUGCUGGAUGGAAGAAGUCCCAGAUCGGUCAGGCAAUCUACAAUGGAAGUUCUCAAAGCUUACUAUCAGCCUAUUCAGCCCAGCCCUCGUCAUCUGGAAAGUCCGAUCAAAAAGCAUGGAUCUCAAAAUGUCAUUUCAGUAGAUCUUGACUUGAAGCAUUCUUUGAAACAUUCAAGACCGAUUGUAGGGAUAUCGAUCUUGAAAAGGCUCUUGGAGACUUGGGCUCAUCGUGAAGAAGAACGCGAGGUUCUUCAUGUCUUCAAAGUUUAUUUGGAUCGCUUCAAAGACGCUGUUGAAGAUAGUGAGAAAGGUAACAGUCUUCAUCUUGACUAUCGAUCAUCACAAUCUCGCUCUCAGGAAUCGUAUCUUUCGGCAGGAGCAAACGCGGUUGAUUACAUCGUCUUUGGUCACUUGUUAAGACUAGCUAUUCCCCUCGGCCUCUGUACGGUUGACCAAUACAAUCUCGCGCUCUUGCUGAGAUGUAGUAGGGAUAUGAUCAGCUUAUUGGAAAGGUAUCCAACCCUCUUGAAAGUGUGCGGAUUGGAUUCGACCAUGACUAGUACACAAUUGUCUGCGACUGUUCAAGGUCUUCCAGAUGAUGGGAAGGGUCUUGGAGGAAGAGUUGCACAAGCUAAGCGAGCUAGAUUGGUAAUGAAGACAAUGUCAUCGAAUUCGCCUCUGGUACAUCCUCUUUGGGAUGAAGCAUUGAGAAGAUGGAAAAUCUUGUCUGGUUUAGUUGGUCAUCGACCAUUUGAUGAUCAUUCUGGAGAUUUACCCAUCCAAGAUCCUGUGACGGUCUCUGGUGGUCUUUCUGGUGAAGGUGUUCAAGAAAAUACGUAUGCUUGGAUCAGUAUAUCAGGAUUGUUGACUUCGACUGCCAGUUAUGAGCCCGCAAAAGUCAAGACUCACUCUUCAAAUUCAUCUUUAGCCCAACACAUUCCACCCGAUUUGCUACCGGAAAGGUUUUAUGCUACACCUGAUCGAGCAAGGAAUGUGGAUAGAUAUUUACAGGAAAUGGUGGAUCUUCUAGUGGCUGACGACUUGAGAAUGCGAGAAGGAGUCAAAGAUGCUUUAGGGACCGAACUGAGCGUGUCACUGUUUCCAAUCUUACUCAAACAUCUGAAAUCUAUCGUCGCACACUUCUUCGAACACGAUCGCCCCAAACCCCAGAGCCCGUUCACGCAUUUUAUCGAACAAGCGAUCUCAAUUCGACAUUUUGAUUACCUUACUCAUAUGUUGUCGGAGAUUGCUAAGCUUGAAGCGAUCGCAACGCGUAAUCGACGCGAAAAAUUGGCACUUGGCGGUCCCGUGGCACCGAACACGAAUGCACGAGAACCCACAGCUGCCCUACAGAGAGAAUUGAGUUCGAUUACACGAGAAUUAGUUGAACUAUCUAGUUUUAGAGAUCAGACGAUGAACUGUUUGAUCAAACUCAUGAGUUCGAAUAUGAAUCCAGCUUUUCGAUAUUUUGUAAAUAUGUUUCAUCAUCCAGACUUGAGGAUUCGACAAGCUCAAAUUCAGAUUUUGAGGGAUGUGAUCAAAGAGAGUGGACAUCAAUUGCCAAAGUUGGUGAGACCUGUCAAAGAAAAUGGACUUGAAAACAUCAUAGAUAUGAUUUGUCGUCCUGAUCUUACGCUGGCAUUGGCUUUGUGUAAGGUUUGUGGUUCAGCUGACUUUGAAGAAUUGACGGAGAUCAUCCUGAACAUCUUUGAUUGUCGGAAAGGAGUGAUCAAAUUUUUGAAGGCGGUGAUUGAAAAAGAAGUCUCAGAGACUGAACAUGAAUCAACUGUCUUCAGAGGAAACUCAUUCACUACUCGACUCUUGACUGUCUUUGCUAGAGCUAAAGGUUAUGAUUAUCUGAGGAACACGCUGGCUAAUCUUUUGCUUGGACUAUCGAACAAACCAUCGGAGUUUUCAAUGGAUUUUGAUCCACAUCGCGCUAGUGCUGAUGAUGAUGAAGCUUCGAGAAACUUGGAACAAGUCACCGAAGCAUUUUUGAAUGUGAUUGCAGUCUCGUGGAAAAAGUUACCCAGUGCGAUUCGAGAGAUUUGUCAUCAUAUCGCUACAACAGUUCAAGAACGGUAUCCGGAGAGUGUCUUUACGUCAAUCGGAGGAUUCAUUUUCUUGAGAUUUAUCAAUCCGGCUAUCGUCUCACCUGAAGUUAUCGAUCUCGAUCUACCAAACGAUACACGUGAGAUCAGGAGAUCACUGGUGAUGAUUACCAGGGUCUUGCAAGCUCUAGCCAACAAUAUCCGGUUUGGUGCACGAGAGCCAGCCAUGAAGGCAUUGAACCCGUUCAUGGCUAAAAAUAUUUAUCCCAUGACUAGGUUCUUGAAGGAUAUAUCGUCUGUUGAUGAGAGCUUGGUAACGGAUGAUAACCCAGAGAUGAUGACAUCUGAAGAAGGUCUGGCAUCAUUGGAUGAAGCAUCACGAUACGUCUUACAUCGCUUCCUUUAUGAUCAUAUGGAUAAAAUCGGAGUUGAAUUGAAAGCAUCACAACCUACACUCUUCAAACAUUGGCAUGAUGGUAGUGAGAAACUUUCACCUGGAAUGGGACAAGAGAUUUGGACGGAAUUACAAAAAGUGAUGAAUGAGAUCGGACCACCUGGAUCGAACGAUCCAGAUUUACCACUUAAUGAGAAUCAAGUGAACGGGUCUGAUUAUUAUGCGUAUUUGGCCAAGUUUGAGUUAUUGAAGGCUCCAGAUGUGAGAAUGUGGCAAGGCUCAUUCUUUGAAGCUCCUAGGAGUAGGAAUCAAGCCUCCCCGACGUUCGUGUUGUUGGCAUGUAAGAUCAAAGCUGAGAUAUGCGAUUUGGAAUCGUUCUAUCUUUACAUCCUAAACUGCUUGGAGAACGUCGAUGGACCGUUUUCAAUAUUUUUGGAUUGUACUGGGUUUUCGUUUAUGAAUGAAAUCUCGAUUCCUUGGUUUAGACAAUUACUCGAUCUUGCACCUGCUCAAUCUUCGAUGUAUGUGGCCAAUAUCUGGGUUUUCAAUUCAAAUGCAACCUUUAGGAGAUACUUGAAAAAAUUGAGCGAACACGCAGCCGAGAGGACCGACCGAAGAUGGACUAAUGCAGUGAAGGCUGUUAACACGUUAGAUGAAUUAGCAUCCUGCUUACCUAACUAUGAGCAAGUUUUACCCAAUAAUUCAUGGAAUAUGUUUCAUGACAAGAGGAUCGUCAUUAGUCAUGUCACUCAUCUUCAACAGUUCCAAAUGCAAAUCCCAGUCGUGUUUCAUAUUGGGCCCAAGAGCCUUUUGAUCAGAUCAGCUAAGCGGCUUGACUUGUUGUCCGACUCGAAAUGUACAUUGAACGAUGUCAUCCGACUGAAAGACAUUGAGGAGAUGCAACGCUUACCGCCGUCGAAUGUCCAUUCUGAUCCUGGUUUCAUCAUCAAGCAAUAUGGUUGUAGCGGGGUUCUGAAGUUUGUGAGCGUGAACACGGAUCGAAUCAUUGAGACUCUGAGCGCUGCUCAAGCUGAGCUUUUCGCAGGUCCACCGGAUUUCGAGUUUCGACAAAAGUAUCUGAAACCAUCGAUCAUCUAUGGAUCUUUAUUGAAUGGAGCGAUCUUCAAUCUCUGUAGCUCGGAUCCUUCGAUUAGGAUGUCAGCGUUGAGCUUUUUACAGGGCUUGGCACGAGCUAUGCAUAUUGAUCGGAUAGAUGACAUUGUACCCGUUCCAGGUGGAUACGUUCCUAGAGUAGGAGUGAUGUUUGUGGGAGAUAUUAGUGAUCGACUUGCACGAGCGAUGCCAUCAGUGACGCUCUCAUUUGUGGAUGAAUACUUUGAUACGGUUUCGACUGCUAGCCCGAGCGAGUUGGUGAUCUAUAUCCACGCUUUCAAGCCGUGGUUACAGAACCUUGCGAGUUGUUUAGUUUGUCCGCGAGAAGAGUAUGAAGGUGUGAGGAAUCAAGUGAAGAGUGCGUUGAGAAGGUUGAUCGAGUUGACGUUGAAUCAGGUUGAGAUGCAGAGCAUGCUUCAUGCGCGUAUUUGGCCUUCACUUGCUAGACAGGAGACUAUUCUUCCUCUAGUCAUUGAAGAGCUCGCCGUCUCGGCUAUCAACUUUGGGCCUAAUUCUCCACGAUUUACGGAGGUAUGUGAGAUUGCGGUAUCGGUGAAUUCGAUUAAUUUCCAGGGAAAGCUUUUGCAUCGACUACGACGGGCUAUCGCCCGUACUACUAGUCAGCCAGUUGCUAUGAUUGCUGAUAGCCCUGAAUGGCCCGAGAUCACUGCUCUGAUCAGAAUGGAAAUGAGCAUUUCGUUUACUGCUCAUCUUCAAUCCCAGCUCUACUUACCGGACAUGUUACAUAUUGUAACGAUGUUGGUGGGCACGGGUUCAGCAAGCCAUCGCUCUUCAAUUUACUCGAUUGUCGUCAACACAAUCUCGUGCCUGUGUUCGUUAUCGCAACAACAGGCGACAAAUACGGAAGGAAAUGCCUUGUUUGCGAUUUUACAAAGACUCGGUCAAAGUCCAACUCAAGCUCUCUUUGGACUGAAUCCAAAUGAAGUGAGAGUAAAUGAUCAGGAUGAUUUCAACGGACGAAAUGAGCCAAUCUCAUCAAUCUCAUUAGAAUCAAUAGUUCAGCUUUUGAUUGAGGUGGUUAGAGUUGCUUCGCCUACACUAGACACGGCUAAUCGAUGGCGAUCACGAUGGGCAAGUCUGGUUACGUCGACCUGUUUCCAGGCAAACCCUGCGCUUCAACCUCGGGCCUUUGUCGUCCUAGGAUUCUUAUUGACCGAAGAGGUUGACGAUGAUCUCUUAUUUCAAGUCUUAUCAGCCCUCAAACCAGCACUUGGACAAUCCAAUGGGGUCGAUCGAUCACUGGCAACUUCGAUCAUCUCGUGUAGUGCAAAAGUCCUGGCGGGGGUCGGAUCAAAUUCACCUUAUCGAGCUGCAUGUUUCUGGACAGGUGUAGGACUUUUACAAAUCGAGGAUCCAGCAAUUUAUGCUUCAGCUCUGAAGUUGACCCGAUCUGCUGUACACGAGCUUUGUAAAUCCGAGACCCUUGGUAAACAUCAUCUCUCACACUACCUCCUCGAUUCUCGUGAUGAAGGUACGGUUGAAGUCUUGAUGCAGAUCGAUGAAUGCUGUGGUCUACGAUUCGACAACGGAGAGGGAGGCAAUGCAAAUGAGGGCGCGGCCUAUUUUGGGUUUGCACUCUCCAGUGCAUUGAUCAAAGGUCUGAGACAUGCACAGAUUGCACAGGAUGCAGAGGACUUUUUGGAGAUGUUGUUGAUUCAAACUACGAAAGAACACGAAGCGGAUCGAAAAGGAUCGCCAUCACCUGAUGAAGAUGGAUCAUAUUGUAUCAACUCUGAAUCUUUACCUUACUUUACUACCCUCUUGCCUAUCGCUGCACGAACGGGAAGAUUAGCUCGAUUGUUUGAUUUGGCAGGAGUGGAUCGAAAAGGAUUUGAUUCGACAUCCUUAUCAAUCUCAUAUGGGUUCAUCGUCGAUCAAUUAGCCUUGUCAGAUCAUGAGACAGCCUUGUUGGUAGUCUCCUUGAUGACUAGUUUGAUCUUGACAGCAGAUGAUGAAUCAGAAUUGGUAUUUCUGUAUGGAAUGUUGGCUGAACUUGUGCAUCGAGAUUCAAUACCUCAUAUCAUGUUGUUGGUGCAAAGUGAAUUAUCAGGACGAAUUCAAGAGAUUAUGAGAACUUCGGAGAAUACGACGUUAUUGAAUGCUUGUCAGACCGUGAUGUUCCCUCAUCAUCCUCGAGCAGUGGGAUCACCGUUCCUUGCACGGUUAACUGAAGGAAUGAUUGAUGCAUCUGAUUUACUCUCAAUCUUAUCACAGUUAGGAUUCUCUGGGAUCUUGAUCCAUAAUUGCUUUUAUGAGAGCGAUGAAGCAGGUAGUGUGCUUGGACAUGGAAGUGCUACUGGAGGUAAAGAGUAUGAUCACAGAGUGGCAAGGCUGUGUGUACAAUUGAUCAAUGAGACUUUAGCAGUUUGAAAAAAAAGAAAGUAUUAUAUGAUGAUAAGUAGUAAAAAAGCAACAACAGUGAUUUCUUUGAAGUAGAAGAAUAGAUUAAAAGUAUUAGAAAGAUGAUGAUGAUGAUGACAAGAUAUUUAUUUAUUUAUCUUUUCUUCGAAAAAAGUAUCUUGAAGUUUGCAAAGUGUGUGUGUGUUCUUUUACUUCUUGGUUGACUUAAUUUUUUUAAAAUCAAUUUUUUCUAAACAAAUUUGUAUGGGAAUUGAUUGGUUAUAGUUUUUGAGAGAAGUGAAAGAAAGAAAACAAAUGAAUGUGAUGGGGUUUUUUUGUCUUUUUUUGUUUUUUAAUGUGUGGGUUUUUUUUACUGGAUGUAUAUCGUUCUUUCAAGUUCUUUUUUUAAGUAGUAGUAUGGAAAACUUUUUUUUUACUUUUGAAUUGUAAAUGUGUUGUUUUGAUCACCUUAUUUUAGUUUAGUUUCAUUUAGAUUCAGGAUUGCAUGAAUAGUUUUUUUGAAUUUUG